CCACCUCACGAAACGUUGACCAUAACAUUCUAUAACAUUUAUGUUUUCCUCGCCCAUUUUUUACUUUCCAUCAUCUUGCUUGGGAAACUUGAAAUACGACAAUUCAAUGUUUAACGCGAACACCUGAUUGAACAGCCAGGCAAACUCAUUCCAUUGGAGCGGCAUCCGGCAGUAGGCACUUCGCGCUUAGGUAAAUGGCGGCUGCGAUACACAUUCUCUGUUAUCAUGUAUAGAAUUGGCGUCGACGUUGGAGGAACAAAUACGGAUAGUGUCAUUAUCGACCUCACCAAGAUUCAUGAUCCAGAGACACGCGGUAUCGUCGCGUCUUUCAAGCAUACGACGACUGUCGAUGUGACGGACGGCAUCGAGGCUGCGGUAAAGAAGGUCCUGGCUGAUGCGAACGUCGACCCUCGAGGCGGGAAGGUGCUGAGUUUAACCAUUGGGACGACGCAUUUCAUCAAUGCUGUCGUGCAAUCGGAUGCGAGGAGGCUGCAAAAGGUGGCCAUCAUUCGGCUCGCUGCUCCUUACACCACCGAAGUCCCGCCUUUUAUCGAUUUCCCGGAGAAUCUGAAGAAGCUCAUGAACGGGCACUACGUGAUAAUCAAUGGUGGUCUUCAAAUAGAUGGUCGCCCAAUCAAUAGUAUUAUAGAGGCAGAGGUUGUAGAACAGGCGGCACAGAUCAAAGCAAAGGGAUUGAAGAACGUCGUCGUUAUCGGAGUGUUUUCUCCUUUGGACGUGUCGGGUAGUAACGAGUACAAGGCUCGAGACAUACUUGCUAAAGAACUUGGUCCGGGCGUCAACAUUAUAUGUUCUCGUGAUGUUGGACAGAUCGGUUUCCUGGAACGCGAAAACGCGUCCAUCCUUAACGCAUCGAUUACGUCUUUCGCACAGCAUACCAUACGAGGAUUUGAGCGGGCCAUGAAGAGGCUCGGGUUAACAUGUCCUCUUUACAUCACCCAGAACGACGGCACACUGACAACGGCUGUUGAUGCUGCGCGACUGCCUAUCCGUACAUUUUCGUCUGGAGCCACUAAUUCCAUGCGAGGAGCCUCGUACUUAGCCGGUAUCGACCUCAAGAGCAAAGACGGAACCGGAAAGAGCAUGCUCGUCGUGGACGUUGGAGGGACCACUACCGAUGUAGGGAUGUUGUUGCCGAGUGGGUUUCCUCGGCAAGCUGCCGCGUUCAUCGAAGUGGGAGGCGUCCGUACCAACUUCUCUAUGCCAGACGUCAGCUCCAUCGGUCUCGGGGGUGGCUCCAGAGUUCGCGUCGAAGAUACCAAGGUUACUGUGGGCCCGGAUUCUGUUGGUCAUUACUUGACUCGAGAUGCGAAAGUCUUCGGUGGUAACGUUCUGACUGCGACUGACAUUGCUGUUUGUGCCGGAGAGAAGGAUAUUGGUGACGCGUCCCUAGUGUCUGCCGUAAGUGACGAGGUGGUGGUGAAAGCCCAGUAUGCUGUGAAGAGGCUGCUUGAGGGUGUCGUUGACCGCAUGAAGACGAGUCCAGAAGAUUGUACACUGCUUCUUGUUGGCGGAGGAUCUGUUAUCGCCCCUCAUACUCUUGCUGGAGUCAAAGAGAUCAUUCUCCCUCCAUUUCACGACGUUGCCAAUGCUGUUGGGGCUGCCAUCGCGAACGUCUCGGGGGAAGUUGACACCAUCGAGAUUCUAGAGGGCAAGAGUCUCUCGGACACUCUUGAACGUAUUAAAGUAGAGGCUAUGGCUAAAGCAGUGGAAGCUGGCGCGGACCCACAUACGACUAGGAUUGCAGAGGUUAAUGUGCUUCCUGUACAGUAUGUCACCAAUCAGGCCACGAGGAUCAUUAUUAAGGCUAUUGGGGAGCUUGGGACACCGUCGGAAGGCGAGGUCGCCGUUCCAAGUACAUCAGAAGACUCUCAGGUCGAUCUCCUUGAAGAAGACAAGGCCGAGGCCGUACAAGAUGUCCUUGCAGAGGGUGCGGAGAUCGUUGAAGAAAUAGAUUACGAGACAUACAGACCCACCAUCGUUGGUAAUGAAUGGAUUGUUACUGAGACAGAUCUUUUCUUCAUUAUGGAAGGAUGCGGCGUGCUCGGAACUGGAGGAGGCGGGUCACCUUAUCCAUCCUAUCUCAUCGCCAGACAAAUCCUUCGUGAUGGUGGUUGUAUCAGGGUGGUUGACCAUUCUUCUCUCCCGGACGAAGCGUAUGUAGUUCGGGGUGGUAUGAUGGGCUCCCCGUCCGUUGGCUCUGAGAGACUGGGUGAUGCGAAGCAAAUCUUGACAGCUGACAAUGAAUUAGCCCGUCACUGUGGUAUUUCGGAAUAUGCCGCCACAUUAUGCGAUGAAAUCGGCGGUGGUAAUGGGAUGCAGUCGUUGAUAUUGUCCCAUUACUAUAACGUUCCUGCUUUGGAUGGCGAUCUGAUGGGUCGUGCCUAUCCUAAUCUGCAUCAGACCAUUCCUUCUGUGUAUAAUUUAUCAAACGCCCUCACUCCCUGUGCCUUACAUGAUGGAGACGGAAACGUUGUAAUCAUGAGUCGUGCAAAGGACAGUUAUGCGGUAGAGGCGUUCAUGAGAACUGUAGCGACGGAGAUGGGCUCAUCUGCCGCACUCGUCCUCGCGCCGAUGACCGUAGCGGAAUCUAGAGACUAUGGUGUUUGUCGUACUCUGAGCCAAGCCUGGGGCAUCGGCCGUGCUAUCGCUACGUGCCGGCAGAAGAAUGAUUUGAAGAGCGUGCCAGAUGAGAUUCUGAAGCUACAGAACGGCAAGCUCCUGUUUAUCGGAAAGAUUGUCGAUGUUUCUCGUGAAGUUCGGGCAGGUUUCACUUGGGGAGAAGUCAAGAUUGCACGAUUGCGCGAAGAUGAGCUAGAAGACAGCUCUGCUACUCCAUUGGAUAUGGGCAAUGAUCCUGGUGACCACAUGAUUAUUCCAUUCCAGAACGAGAAUUUAUGCGCCUAUGUUGAGAAACCCGAUGGUACCCGUAGCGUUGCUGCCAUCGUACCGGACCUCAUCAAUGUACUAGACUCCCAGAGCGGCUCUCACUUGGGCACACAGAUGUAUUCUUAUGGUUUGCGGGUUACUGUAAUAGUCAUGGCGGGAUCGCCACUCUGGCAAAGCGAGAAAGGACUCAAGAGCGGCGGUCCUGCUGCAUUUGGGUUUAAUCAUCGGUACGUCCCAGUUGGCGAAUAUAAGACCCCUAAGUCGGUCAUCGAGGAGUAUAAAGGAUAACUUACGAUAACAAUAAUACUUAUCAUGUGGGUUCCUCCUGGCCAUCCGCCCCUGCCCGAAAAGAC